GUUGUUAUUCUUCUGCAUUUUUAAGGUUAUGCUGAGUAUUUUAAAUGGUUUUCCUCACGAGAAAAUUACUAUUUCCCGUUGGGAAGUCCGUGAGAAAACACUUACGCUCGCACUUUCUGGACAGUCUUAGAUUGACUGUUACUGGAGGUCAUGGAGGCAGUGGAUUCCCCAAGAUUGGUGGAGUUGGUGGCCAAGGAGGAUGUGUCUACUUUGUGGCCAAGGAAGGAUGUAGUCUCAAAAGAGUCUCCAAAGAUUACUCAACAAAACGCAUAAAGGCAGCUCCCGGAGAAGACAGUUCAAAAAUACGUCUUCUGGGCAGGAGAGGCAAAGAUGAACAGGUAACUGUACCCGUGGGUAUCACAGUGAUAGACGACUCAGGAAAAACAAUUGGAGAGCUCAAUGAGGACGGAAAAACUUUCAAGGCAGCUGGAGGAGGCCCUGGAGGCUGUUCGGGGAAUUCCUUCAUAGGUCAACCUGGACAAUCACGAACUCUCACGCUGGAUCUCAAGUUGAUUGCUGAUGCUGGUCUAGUGGGAUUCCCCAAUGCCGGAAAGAGCACAUUCCUCAAAGCCAUCUCAAAAGCCAGCCCCAAAAUUGCAUCAUAUCCUUUCACUACGAUUAAGCCACAGCUGGGAAUUGUCGAUUACACAGACUUCAGACAGAUCUCUGUGGCAGAUCUUCCAGGGCUAAUUGAGGGAGCGCAUGCAAACAUCGGAAUGGGCCACAAAUUCCUCAAACAUGUGGAAAGGACACGUAUUCUAAUCCUCAUUGUGGACAUCUUCGGCUUCCAACUCAGUCCCCAACACAUGAGACGCAAUUGCUUGGAGAAUGUGUAUGCCCUGAAUCGAGAACUAGAACUAUAUGACUCUACACUCCUGGACAAACCCUCCAUCCUUCUGGUCAAUAAAACUGACCUCGAUGGAGCUACCCGGGAAUUCGAUAGGAUCAAGUCGCAAUUGCAUCGACUGGAACAGGGUUUGGAAGGAUGCCCUGAAGAGAUUCGUCCAGAAAAACUGAUUGAAUUCGAGAGAAUCCUUCCGAUUUCUGCUCGGGAAAGAAUUGGAAUUGAGAAAGUCACUUCAGCAAUCCGGGAAGUACUCGAUGAAGCAGCUGAAGAGAAUCUCAAAGAGCCAGAUGUAGAGAUUUUGGCGAGAAAAAAUCGCGAAUUCGGACCUAAAGUCGUAUAAAAAUAAAUGUAAAUUUCUUUUAGAA